GGUGAGGCUGAGACCGCCGAGGGGUUGUGCGCCUGCUCCCGCAGCGCCGACGGGAGGACUGACAAACCCCAAGUGCCCAGCCAGCCCCGGCGUCCAAGAUGUCCCUGAAGGUGCAGACGAGCAACAUCACGAACAAGAAUGACCCCAAGUCCAUCAACUCGCGGGUGUUCAUCGGCAACCUCAACACGGCCGUGGUGAAGAAGUCGGACGUGGAGACCAUCUUCUCCAAGUACGGGCGGGUGGUGGGCUGCUCCGUGCACAAGGGCUACGCCUUCGUGCAGUACUCCAACGAGAGGCACGCGCGCGCCGCCGUGCUGGGCGAGAACGGCCGCGUGCUGGCCGGACAGACCCUGGAUAUCAACAUGGCUGGGGAACCCAAACCCAACAGACCCAAAGGGCUCAAGAGAGCAGCCUCUGCCUUGUACAGUGGCUACGACUUUGACUACGACUAUUACAGAGACGACUUCUACGACAGGCUCUUCGAGUACCGGGGCAGAGUGUCCCCCGUGCCCAGGGUGGUCCCCGUGAAGAGGCCCCGGGUCACCAUCCCCCUGGUGCGGCGCGUGAAGGCCUCGCUGCCCGUCAAGCUCUUCGCCAGGUCGGCCGCCAUCGCCAACAGCUCAGCCAAGCUCAAGUUGAAGAGCAGCGAGCUGCAAACAAUCAAAACUGAGCUGACGCAGAUCAAGUCCAACAUUGAUGCUCUGCUGGGCCGGCUGGAGCAGAUUGCAGAGGAACAGAAGCUGUCUGCAGAGGUUCGGAAGAAGGCUGAGAGCAGCAAAAGUGAAGUGUCCCAGGAGGACACGGCGUCGGAGGCCGAGGCCAACACGGAGGAGCCGCUCAACGGGGACGAGGGGGAGGAGGAGGGUCUUGCACGGGAUGAGUGUGAAGAUGAACUGGAGAACAGCCAUUACACAGAUGUGGAGGAUGCCAGACUACAGUAACCAGGACAGUGAUGUCCCUUCCCCCUUCUCCCCUCGCAGCCCUCUCAGAACAGCAGUGAGCAACUGUGUGAGGAAAGCACGAGGCUAAACCCUGUCCUGGCACGUUGAGCAAGGCAAGCUGAAUGGGAGUGCUGCUGUCAUCUCUACCUGGCAUCCAAAAGGAGAAACAUGGCCCGACAUCUUCCAUCCAUCUGUAAAGCAAAGACAAGGAAAACUCAUCAUCCCAGCGAAUCCCCACUCCCCCUGCAAUGGAUUGGGAGCUCUGCAGCCAGAGGAGGCAGGAGCCAAACCUGCACAGCCCAGAGCCACCCCAGACUGGAGAACAGGAGAGUUGUGUCCCCAGGGAGUCCGAGGGGUUUUGCAGGAGAGCAGGGAAGGCUCAGCCCAGCCCAAUGCAGACGUUUUUCCCCGUGUGAGGUGAGAGCCAGAGCAUUUCCUGACUGAGGGAGAAGUACUGUCUCAGUGUGGAUGGUUUGUGUUCUUGCACUGGGGAUCCUGGUGAGGAGGAGGGUGUGGGGUGAGCUGUCCUCCAGAACAGUCCCCUCCUGUCACGGCUCUCUUGCCCCGUGAACCGCCGUGGGUCCACAGGCACUUCCAGGCGGGAAGGAGUUGGAGCUGGAGCUCGUGCUGUGCUCUGGAAGCUGCUUGAAGAGGGAAGGGGAGAAGAAGCUGCAGGAAAGCAGGUGAUCUCCAGCAGGAGGAACAAAGCAAACGUCACCUUCAGUGGUUUGGUGUCCUCAUGUGCCAUGUGAAGGCCGAGCGAGUCUCUGCAGAGUGAGGGGAGGGGGGGGUGUGGGUGAGACCCUUUGCUUGGACCAGCUGCUCCCUGGGAGGGAUGGAGAGCACCCACUCCUGCAGCCCGGUGCCAGAGACAUCAGCCCUUCCCCUGGGGAGCCCCCAGCUCCUCCUGCCCCAUCUCACACCGACCUGGCACAUCGCGAGAGCUCCAAUAGCUCCUGUUCCGUCCCAGCCCGAGGGGUCCGUGC